UCUUUUUAUACCUGCUCUUAUCUCUUCUUCUCUUCCUCCUCUCUUCUUCUUCUUCUUCGUCGUUGCUGCUUCUUCUUCUUCGUUGCUGCUUCUUCUCUGUUAUAUCUCAAUGGAAAGGCUCCUGGUCGCCCGCCACUUCUCCGACUCGGCCAUCUCUUCGCGGCCCUCCCCGGCUUCCCUCGAGGCAUACCACCUCGCCUCGCCGCCCCGUCCCUCCUCGUCCUCGUCCUACUCCUCGUCCUCCUCCAUCUCCUCCGCCUCCUCCUCCUCCCUCACCACCCCCUCCUCCUCUCCCUCCGCCAUCUCUGUAAAUACCCUCCCGCCCAUCGCCGCCCUCCUCGACCCAUACUACUCCCUCGACCCGCGUGCGCGCGCGACCUCCUGGUCUGCGCCUUCGCCUGCGCCAACCCCGUCCUUUGCCUCCUCCGCCGACCUUCCAAUCCUCUCCUUCCGCCAAUCGUUCACCUCCUCCUCGACUUCCACCUCCACCUCCGCAUCUGCAUCUACAGCAUCUCCCUCGUCGCCUGCCUCCCCGUGCUCGAGCCAAAGCCAUGUCUCGUCCUCCUCCUACGCCGUCGCCGUCCCCCCAAUAGCCGCGCCCAGCUCAAUGCCGGCAUCCAUGCCGGCAUCCAUGCCCUCGCCGCCGUCGCUCGUGCACACCAGUCACGCCAUCCACACUUCCUCCUCCGCAUCGACCUGCUCCUCCUCUUCCUACGCGUCCUCCGCGCCCUCGACCGCACCUUCCCCGUCCUCGACCUCGACCACCUCCACCAGCUCGUCCGCAGACCGGUACGUCUGCCCCGUCUGCGCGCGCGCGUUCUCGCGGCCGUCGUCGUUGCGGAUCCACUCGCAUUCGCACACGGGCGAGAAGCCGUUCGUGUGCGGCCACAACGGCUGCGGCAAGGCGUUCUCGGUGCGGUCAAACAUGAAGCGGCACGAGCGCGGCUGCCAUGCCAUGUAACAAUACUUCAACAGAUCUUUCUUAUUUACGUUGAUGAUUUUAUCGAGCAAGUUUUUCUAUGCAUCGGAGUUUUGUUUAUAGUAUUUCUAUUUCUUUGUGUUUUGUGUUCAGGCGCCCGUGUGUGUUUUGAUGAUUUUUUUUUCGAUCUAUGUCUGCGGAGGUUGACUUUCUUGCUUGCGUGUAUGAACAGUGUAUACUAUAUAAUUACAUAUCACUUAACUAUGCAAUAAUCUAGACCAACUAAGCUGUGAUAGUAAUGUAGUUAACAGCAGUGUGCUGU